ACUCACUUUGUUUUCUCAUCAUUUAAUUUCUUUGCUCUUUCUAACAAUCAAUUUAAUCUGAUUAAUUAACUUCGACAAUUAGUAAAUUUGAUUUCUCUUUAUGUGUUAACCACUUGGGAUUAAGUUUUCUCCAAACAAUUAACCAUUAAUUGUCUAAUUAAUUUGAUAAAUUAUCUUUUCUCUUGUUGUAUUAUUAAUACACAUGUGGCAUUGGUUACUUGGUGUUGCCUAUGUUACUUUGAGCUUAGUGUUUGUGGUUAGUUAAUUGUUUAAUUUGAUAUUUUUUCCUUUAUUACAAUUUACUAAUUGUGUUACCGGUGAACAUGGUAUUCCAAGGUGUCAAACAAGCUAUAACUCGGAUGGAUAGUUUCCUAAUUCCGAGUAUAAUUUUAAAUUUUAUGUUGAGAUGGUUAAUCUCGCGCUUUUCAUAUUCUGGUGCUAGAAAUUAUCCUAUUUAUGGUGAUUAUGAGGCUCAACGUCACUGGCAAGAGAUUACCUUUAAUGUUAGGCCAACCGAUUGGUACAAAAACACCACUGACAAUGAUCUCCUUUACUGGGGAUUAGAUUAUCCGCCAUUAACUGCCUAUCAUAGUUGGUUAAAUGGUUAUAUUGCCGAUUCGUUCAAUAGAUCAUGGGUUCAAAUUCAUACCUCAAGAGGAAUUCAAACUUAUGACCAUAAGAUAUUCAUGAGAAGUACCGUAUUGGUCAGCGAUGUUUUCAUCUAUUUCACCGGUUUGGUUUACUAUUUUAUGAUUGUACGUAAACCUUUGACCCCUAGAGAAAGAGCAAUGGUCGCAACAAUUGGCCUUAUGUAUCCAGCAUUAAUCCUUAUUGACCAUGGCCAUUUUCAAUAUAACUGUGUUAGCCUUGGAUUAACCAUUUGGUCAGUUACUAUGUUGAUGAAUGGUCGUUACUUUAUCGCCUCAGUCCUUUACUGCCUCGCCCUUAACUAUAAACAGAUGACCCUUUAUUAUUCAUUCUCAUUUUUCUUCUUCCUCCUUGGAAUUUGCUUCCAAUAUACUAAUCGAGCUAAAAGCUUAAUUACUCUGAUCACAAUUGGAUCUGCUGUUAUUACCACUUUCACGGUUUGCUGGUUCCCAUUCAUUUGGGAUAUGGAGACAUUUCUCUCCGUUGUCCAACGACUUUUUCCCAUUUCAAGAGGACUUUAUGAGGACAAAGUUGCCAAUAUUUGGUGUUCAUUGGAAGUUCUAAUCAAACUGAAAACAUUGAUCUCGUCGGAAAACAUGGCUAAAAUAUCAGCAUUGACCACAUUCACUUGCCUUUUACCUUCGUCUCUUCACCUGUUCAAAAAUCCUACUGUCAAAAAUUUCAUCUACAAUCUUGCUGGGACAUCAUUGAUUUUCUUCCUUUUAUCCUUCCAAGUUCACGAGAAGACAAUUCUCCUUGUAGCCUUGCCAGUUACACUUUUGAUCCAUGAACAUCCAUUCACAACUCUAUGGUUUUACAUUAUAUCAACAUUUAGCCUUUUACCAUUAAUGGCUAAAGAUGGUUUAAUUAUGCCAACAUUGGCCCUUACCUGUUUCUCGAUGAUUAUUUAUGUCGCUUUCUUCCGGGACAUGGGACUUUCUGAUUCGUUCAAUGUUGUUCAUAAAGCCCGAACAAUCAUCUUUGUCUCCUCGAUUUGUGGAUGUCUAUUCUUAACACUGGCCAGUAUAUUAUUAAAACCACCGACCCGUUAUCCUCACAUCUACAUUUUACUCAAUUCGAUCUACAGUUGCCUCCAUUUCAUUGGAUUUACACUCUACUAUCAUUAUCUUCAAUUUUAUGCACAAGAACCUGAACUUUUCAAAGUUAAAGGAUUAUAAAUAAUUAAUUUAAUUGUUUAUAAUGAUCAAUUUUUCACCUUUAUCAUUAAUCUCAUCACUAAUUUGCCUUAUAUUCUUGGUUAAAUGAAAUUACAACUUUCCAUCUCCUUAUUAAUCAAUUUAAAUUGUGCAAUAAUUUUCUUCCCUCAAAUUGUUGUCACAAUUUAUACUCAUUUAGGAAAAAGAGACUACCAGUGAUUUUGGUAAGAUUAAUUAGUAUCAUUUAAUUAUAUAAUCAUUAGUUAAAUCAUAAUCAAUUUCUUAACAAUACACUGUAAUCAUCAUUAAUGAUAAUCUAUUCAUAUUUAAUCAUCACCAACAGUUUAACUUAUAAACACCUUGACAAACCCAAAUGAUUAUCAAACUGUAACCUAAAUUGUUUUGUUUAUCAAAGUCAAUUAAAUUAGAAACAAACUGUUACAA